AUGGCGGAAGUACAACCGGAGCAAAUUGCUGGUCAAUUUCGUGACCAGGCGUUCCGAUUCAACCAAAUGCCUGCAAGCUCCUCGAAAGAGGCGCAAGAGGGUGAUCCCAAAGCCCCGUUACCCAAGGGCGUGGUGCUCGACAAAGAUGGCAAGCCAUGCCGAACCUGUACCUCCGCCGCUUCAUGGCGCGCCCUCGCCAAGCAAGCCAAGUCGCAACCCUCCGCCUCGCCGUCGUCCUCAUCCUCAACCUCCAAUUCCAGCACAGCAACGAUUGCCACGCCGGCCCUCGCAUCGAUAGCAACCUCUUCCCCCAGUGAGACUGCCUCGGACUGCCCUCCGGACGUCGAGGCUCUCGGCCGCUCGACGUGGACCUUGCUUCACUCGAUGGCGGCCACAUACCCCGAAAAGGCGGACACCCAACAGCAAAAGGACAUGCAGGGAUUUUUGAAACUUUUCUCGAAGUUGUAUCCGUGCUGGGUAUGCGCGGAUGAUUUCCAGACGUGGAUGGCGCAUCCGAGUGGGCAGAAUCAGCCCAAGCUCGGCGGCCGGAAGGAGUUUGGGUGGUGGAUGUGCGAGGCGCACAACGAGGUGAACCGAAAGCUUGGGAAGAAGGAGUUCGACUGUCGCCUUUGGGAGCAGAGGUGGCGUACUGGGUGGAAGGACGGCCGUUGUGAAUGA